UCAAGAAGAAGAAGAAGCUAACUUUGCUAACACGGAAGAAGGUGUGUGCCUUGAGUAGUAGCGAUCAAACAACAACACUCAGGUGUUAUAAACGUCUUUGAAAGCAGUGCUAUCCAGUCAUUCAACAUGUCUGACGGCCGGAUCUAUGUUGGAAAUCUCCCCAUGGACGUCCAGGAGAGAGACGUAGAGGAUCUCUUCUUCAAAUAUGGAAAAAUCCGAGAAAUAGAAUUGAAGAAUAACAGAGGAACUGUUCCUUUUGCCUUCAUCCGGUUCGAGGAUCCACGGGAUGCUGAGGAUGCUGUCUUUGGAAGAAAUGGAUAUGCAUAUGGGAACUCCAAGCUACGUGUAGAGUAUCCUCGAUCCUCUGCUGCCAAAACUGGUCCAAUGGGAGGUUUUGGAGGAGGAGGACAGAGAGGAAGGUUUGGACCCCCAACUCGAAGAUCCGAAUUUCGGGUCAUAGUGACUGGGUUACCAUCUACUGGAAGCUGGCAGGAUCUGAAGGAUCACAUGCGAGAAGCAGGAGAUGUUUGUUUCGCAGAUGUACAGAGAGAUGGUGAGGGCGUAGUGGAGUUUCUCCGUAGGGAGGAUAUGGAGUACGCGCUACGCCGACUUGACCGGACAGAGUUUCGUUCGCAUCAGGGUGAGACCUCGUAUAUCCGAGUUUAUGAGGAGAGAGGCGGUGCCAACUGGGGUCGUUCACGUUCUCGUUCCAGAUCCCGAGGCCGCUAUUCUCCUCCGUAUUUUAACAGAGGAUCUCCCCCUCGCUACCCGUCACCUCCACGCCAUCCCAUGUUAAGGCAUAGUCCACCUCCGAGGAGGCACCCCCCACCUCACCAUAGCCCACCUCCACGUCAUUACAGAUAGAGGCCUCAGUAACAUCUGGAGGAAAUAUUUCAAAUUUCUGCAUUUUUUACCAUUUUGUCUGUUUUACUUCAGACAUCCUCGUCCCUAUUUUGGUAUAAAUGCAUUCCAUGGCCAGAAAACCCACGGCAGCCUACUCUUUCUGGAGCCUUUAAGUUUUUCUGUUUUUAGUUUUAGUUAUUUCAAAACAGGGUUGGCAAUUCUUAAGUUGACAUUCUUUUGUCUACUUUGGUACUUAAUUUCUUGGCUGUUCACAAAAACUUGCUCAGACGUGAUUUUGUGCUGUUAAAUUUAUCAAAUUCAUUUUCCCACUUUAGAUAUUUUGUUUUAGGAAUUUUAAAUUUUUUUUCCUCUCAACGAUGUUAAUCAUUUGUGAGCCUUUUAGCUGUUGUCUGGGAGACUGUUUUUUUUUUCUUCUUUUAAUGUGUGAACAAUUGAUUAAAGUGACCUGAAGUAUAAUUUGUUGUUCUUUACCAAUAAAAUACAAACUCUUA